GCCUGUGUUUCGUAUUUAUAUUAAUAAUUUUUCAAUAAUUCCGCUCACCACGAAAUAGUGUCCCGCCACAAACAUGACCAGCCAAGAGCGGAGCAUCUUGCGUAAAAUGGAGUUUCCCGAUGUGGCUCGAGACGCUCUACCAAUCAUAGAAAAUCUCAUCAUCAAUCGUAAUAAACACGACAUGGCGAUGGAUCUGAUCAGCGAAUUUAUCUUUCGCGAGCGACGUGAGGAGCAGCGUGGCGCCCCGCAGUACGGCAAACAUUCAUCGGCUCCGCGACUGUCUUCUAUCGAAGAAUUUCAGCUCGUUCUGGUCCUGUGCGAUUACUUUGCUCGGCCUGGACCCGAUGCGACACGCAAUGCUGUGUUUCUGUCACUUUUCGGUGGUUCCAACACCCGGACCAGUGUUUUGAACAAACUCAUCAGUACGGCGGUGUCCGGCUCGAUAGCACCGUUGCUGUGCGCCGCGGGGACGUGGAUGCAACAGCUGGGAUGCACCUCGCCGGCGAGUUUGGAGCUGGCUCAGUGUAUCGUGCGAGACUUCGUAAUAUUUUCCAAAAAAUCCUCCGAACAGCUGAAAUCGUUACCGUUGGUGGCGCCUCGUUUUGCAGCCAAUUUGAUAACCGCCGUAACGGACCUGUAUCUGAAUGGGGGUGGCAAAGAGCACCUGGAACCACCGCCGGAUCUACUGCUGGAAGUCAUCACCGAAUGGGUAUCAGAAACACCGUCGUUAUGUCUGGCAUCGCAACAGCAGCCAGCCCUGCCGAGUGGCGCGAUUGCAAUGCCGGUGACUACUCCUUUGGCUGGGCUCAUACGAUGGUGCGUCCUGUCCCUGUUGAUAACGGAUCAGCAGGAGCUGUACAGCAAGUUGCAUCUAGCCGUGCUUCAAUCUCUGCUCGAAGCUGCACCACCCUUUACAACACCACCUACCCUGCAGCCUAUAAAUGCUCAGCACUUGACGCUCAUCGUAAACACGGUCCAGGCCGAAAUGGAAAACCUCACGAAGCAGGGCACAAACCUGGAGGAAGAGCACUUGCAAAGCUGCCUGGAGCGGUUCGCCCAAGCCAUUCAGGUGGGGCUAACAUCGCGCUGCGUAUUUGGCAACAUUACACAACUGGUUUUUCGGCUGGAAUCGCUUCCGGGGCAGAACAAACUAUUACAAAUUGUCAUCAAUGCCAACAAAUCCAGCUAAAGAAUAUGUUACAUCCGGUGCACUCUAACGUGAAUUUAGCAAAGCGUAAUAUGUUUUUAUGUUUUACAAUACACCAUGCCGCUCUGCCCAAGACGCAC